GCUCGUACCAGCAUUCCAGUUUCUGGUUUGUUAAUACGGUCCCUAAGUUUCGGGUCCCAUUAUUAUGUCAAUCGGCGACUUUUACAUCUUUUGUCUAGACCUUGUGCAGACUAAAGUGAGCUUUAAGUGCGAGGGUUAAGGUCAGCUGUCGGUGUUCUGGUGCCAGCAAGAGUGAACGACGCGACCACACGAGCACACUACGCCCCGCGCGAUCCAACGGUGCGCACGCAUUGUGUUUGUCGCAGCAUGCAUACUUUCUGUGUAUUUACAAAGAUGUUUAAACCGACGAGUUCUGUGUACAUGUGCUUGUGAAAUAAGAAACAAACGGUCAAUUCACUCGGCCAUUCUUCGCGCGUUUUGUUUACACAACAACGUGAAUGCGCCUCGAUUUGUGUGUGAAACUGUGAACUGUGAAACUCCAGCGCCCAUGGGCUCGAGAGAAAAAAUCCACGCGAUUUGACGCGGUAAAAUGCAUCUGUACUGCUCAAGCAACCUCUUUCGGAUCGCCGAAAAAAACGAAAUCGACUGGAGAACGAGAACGACUACGUUCAUUUACAAGUUUUAAGUGUUUCAAGUGUUACGCAUUGUUUUGAAGUUUCAAAAUAGAACGAUUCUGCGUGGGGUUUGCCGACACCGGAACGCCUGCUCCACAUAAACCAUCAUCAUCGUGGGUAUCUCCACGAGAUCGGCCACAAAGUAUGCGUGACGCAGCCUCGGGUAGCAGCCGCUGUAUCGCUGGCGUGCCGUGUAGCAGACGAGCGCGGCGAGCGGCUCGGCGAGCGAGUGGGAUGUGCAGCUGGGAUGACGUCCACGCGUGGGCCGGACUGUGGGAUUGUGUUCAUGACCGAAGGAGUCCUGCUUCGGGAAAUGUUUGCGUCGCCGCUUCUGAUGCAGUAUUCCUGCAUCGUUCUUGACGAGGUUCACGAGAGGUCGCAAAUGACAGACGUGCUUAUGGGGCUACUAAAGAAAAUUGCUAAAAAACGCAAGAACCUCAAGCUAGUGGUAUCCUCAGCGACUAUGGAUGCGGAGUUCCUUCGGGAUUUCUUCAAUGUAAGGGACAAAAAGGACUCAGAACGGGGAAGCUCAUCUGUCAUUAUGUCAAUGCAGGGCCGCACUCAUCCUAUAGAAGUUUAUUAUUCUGCUGAGCCAGUAGCAGACUACGUGAAAGCGACUGUAGAUACGGUCAUAAAAAUCCACGAGAACGAGCCCUUUGGAGAUGUGCUGGCUUUCCUCACGUCUCAGGAGGAAAUACUCGAAGCUCUAGACACACUUCGUACCUACGCAGAAGAAAACAACCAAAAGAACAAACACAGAAGACAUUUCCCGAGCGGUGUACAGGCGGCCAACCUAAACGUAGUGCCAAUGUAUGGCAGUCUACCUCAUUACAAGCAGAUACAAGCGUUCCAGAUUGGGGACAGGAAUGUCAGGAAGGUCGUCUUGGCUACAAAUAUUGCGGAGACGAGUGUCACUAUACCUGGGAUUGUCUAUGUGUCUAUGUAUGGCAGUCUACCUCAUUACAAGCAGAUACAAGCGUUCCAGAUUGGGGACAAGAAUGUUAGGAAGGUGGUUCUAGCGACCAAUAUUGCGGAGACGAGUGUCACUAUACCUGGGAUUGUCUAUGGGACAGUGACUCCUGCCUCACUAUAA